AUGGCCAACCGCGCGUCAGCUGAUGCGGCUUGCGCGUUUGACGGGAUGCUCCCUCCUGCGGACUCCGCCGCGUUUUUGACUCACUUCGACUUCUCCGCCAUCGAUGAAAUGGACCCUUCUCUCGGCAAGCCCCUUAUCUUUGUCAACAUGUGCCCUGACGGUCACAUUCUCCUAUACGAGAGGGAGGUCCCAUGUGAGCUUCGGAUGCAGGAGGGGACAAAAGCUCCUCAAGACGUGGGCAGGCUCGAGCCUAUCAGGGUGAAAGUUUUAAUUUUGGGAGAAGAAGCGCAUCCUCGGGAAGUCCGAAUCGAAGCAUCUAGCGAGAACGACCUAUUUUUCCACUACACUCACGUGGCAGAUGAGAAGUCAUUUCGCCAGAUGCAGCAAAGCCAGAAGCUGAUGAUUGAAUUCGCGGAUUACUCGCAAGUGCUGAUGAAGAUGCUCAACUCAUGCAUUAGAGAGCCCCACAGUUUUCUCGCUGUAUUUGUAAUGGAAACUACGGGAAAAGGACGUCUUGAUUUUAUUCAGAACAUGGAGUACAAAUUCAUUGAGCUUUUGUCUUGCGACUUCCUUCAAAGCUCUGAGGAGGUGAUUAGACAGCAAAUGUCAUUCCGCUACAACGCCCUCAAGUCGAAGCUUGCUCUUAUGCAUGCAAGAUUACACGACAUUGGAGCUCUCGUCAAAGUGAAGAGCCCAUCUCUUCUGCUACAUUUGCAGAAGUCUGCUGCCCAUCAGCUGCAGACAAAACGCACUGGAGUGCGAGGAUCCAGUUUUAGCCCCAAACCAUAA